GAACAACACAAAGUAAACUUUUCAAAUUGACAUUUACGUGUCAAUAAUAAGUACCACAAAAUAUCUGCAAAAUACCAUAAAUUUAACAUAUUUUAGGCAUUUAAAAUGCAAUCAACUGGUUCCGACGAUUUGUUGCAAUUUCGAGACUACACCAGCACACCUAGCAUGAGUAGUCCUCCAGCGCAAAUAAAUGUUAACUCGCCAACUCACUCGGCUAGCUCUGCGGGUGCAAACCGCGGCAAUGAUGCACUAAAUGAUUUGAUUUAUGAUAUGAGCAACUCGGCAGGCAUAUUAGGCGGUAGUGGUGGGGCAGGUGGAGGCGGAAACAUGAAUACAGCUGCGCCUGGCGGUGGUGGCGGUGGCGCUGACAGCGGUGCAGAUGUGGGCUCCAGCAACAAAGUGUCAUUCCUAACAUUGGAAUACUAUCAGCAGUUCUUCAAUGUCGAUACGUUUGUCGUAUUGGAACGCAUUGCGAAUUCGAUAAUACCAAAGCGUGCUAGUGGAAAUUAUUUGCGUUCGAAUAUUGGACAAAAUCCUGAUUUAUAUGGUCCCUUUUGGAUUACAGUGACGCUGAUCUUCUCGAUUGCUAUAAGUGGCAACAUAGCUAGCUAUUUACAACAUGCUAACGAUAACUACCACUGGCGCUACAAUUUCCAUUUAGUUUCGUAUGCUGCCACUUGCAUCUUCAUCUAUGCCAAUCUUUUCCCCAUUGCGCUGUGGGCGGUAUUUAAGUAUAGUCUCAAACCGGUUACCGAUGAUGUAGAAAAUGAGAACGCCGACUACUCGCCCUCACUAUUGUCGCUUAUGUGCGUGUACGGCUAUUCCUUAUUUAUUUACAUACCCGUUUCUGUGCUAUGGGUUAUACAGAUUAGCUUGCUACAAUGGCUUCUCGUCAUUACCGCCGCUCUACUCUCUGGUUCCGUGUUAAUUAUCGUACUUACACCUGCACUUCGUAACUCUAAACUAUCGCUAUUCCUCAUAAUUGGCAUACUGGGCGCACACUUCCUUUUGGCUGCCGGUUUUAUGUUAUACUUCUUUCAUGUACCGGGCAAUGCGGUGUCAUAUGAGCCAGCGCCUGCUGCCUUGGAGGCUGUGACAAGUGCUGCUGCGCGUGCUGCUAAACAGGUUCUCAGUCCUACGCAAGUUGUGGGCAAUAUAGAGCCAAUUAAUGGUACACAAUAGAUAACGCUGCGGUUGUGGAUAAAUAUACAUAAGAAACCCACAAACUGAUAUGAUGGAGCGAUUUUUUUGGAAUUUGUUUUAUUUGUGUAUAAAAUUGAUUUACAUGUAUAUUGUUAAUUUGUUUCUUAUUGCUUUCUUAUACGUAGAAUAAAAAAUAAGUAUUUACUUAAGUGUAAAAUAUGCCAUUAUAUUUAUCAGAUUAAAAAUAUUUUCUUUCCAAA